AUGGUUCCAGAGCACGAGUCUCAAGAGACCUAUGACUCUUCCAAGGUUUCAUUAAUGAACCUAUGUAUCUGGUAAGUCAGGAACAAGCUAAAUUUAUUCUUUCACGCCAGCAGAUUCCCUUGCCACCAGAACGCAUACCGGCAGACAUGAUGAAACGUCGAUAAUAAAUUCUGGAACUUUACUCACAUCACCAGUCGGGAAGAAAAUAUGAUGCCUUGCGAAAACUAAAUAACACAGUACUCUCCCACAUUCCGUUAGAUGCAAUUAGUUCGGAUGAAGACCCGCUUAAUUCAUUGACUGAGUGUUCAUUCUGCGCUGUAAUAAAAGCACUUCAAAAAUGUUAAACUCAUUUGCUUACAACGACGUACAGAGCAUAUCACAUACGUUCGAUGAAGUCAAAAUCAACAUUUGUGACUUCUCACUCGAUGGCACCUUUCUGACAGUAAAAUGGUUGUCUGAGAACUUGGAUAACAGCAAAAUGACAUUGUCCUGAUUCUACAUUUGAUAACAGAUAGGAAAGGGAGUCAGAUAGGAAGAGUGUUCACGUACGUAAAGCACGGACUGUUUGUGUCGAGAAAGAAAGUAGAAAAGCUCACGUGCAACAAAUAAUGUUUCUUGUUCACCAAAAGGUUAAGAGACUGAAAAGCAUUCAAGUUCUGACGGUCUAUCGACUACCAAAAUGUGAUUAUGAAGUCGAUACCAGUCUACUGGAUGACUCAAACAGUUUUCUAUUUAGCCUGACGCCUCGAUCAUCAAUGAUUCUACUGCACCACUUAUCGACUGGAUUUGAAUUCCCGUACCCGCUCCAGAACUAACCCUUGAACGACGUUUAUCGUAAACUAGCCGGGCCCGCCACGCGUUGCUGUGGCUCACGUGAAUUCAAAAUCUCUGUUGGAUAAUUAAUCAGCCUCGUCUGCUUGUCGACGGACGUAUAUGUCACUGCCUCGCUUUGAAUCUUAGACUGAAUAAUAUGGUUAAGAUGGUAAACGUGUUUAUUUUUGGUCGCAUGAAUGGCUCGUUCGCUCAAUCAGUCGUGAUUGUUGAGAGUGGUCUAAAUAGUGGGAGAAACCUUUAAAAUCAAAUCCUCUUUUGAGGAAACUAAAUUGCCGAGGCUGACGUAGGGAAAUCCUUCUUGUAGUUGGAUCAGCCGGCACCGUUGCAUUCCCAAUUGCCAGCAAUUACUGUGAGAAUACCUCAGUUGAUUGGUGGUUUUGCAGCUGGACACGCAUAUCCGUAGUUACUUUUAACGUCUGGGGGUGGCGCCACGACGUAAAAAUAUUUCAGACAGGCAUUUAUUUCGUCUGCUGGUGUCGAUGGAGGAACUACAGGCAGUGUUUGCCCGAGUCUCCUGCAAACAGUAGUAAGGCGUCUUCAAAUGGUAUGCUGUUUCCAUGCCAGUCUUGGAAUGAUUGGUCAAGGGCCUCGAGCGUUUUUGUGUGCCAUUGUGAAUUCACCCCAAAUAAAAUGUUUGCAUUUUGCGGUACUUUUCCCAUGCCGAUUGUCUUCGAAAUAUCGCACGUAGGAGUUCCAAUGAAUUGCACGUUCAACGGCAAUUGAAAAGCCGAAUGAACAGUUCGUCCACCGGGUAGCAAGGUAGCAGCUAUUCCGGACGACGUAUGAGCCAAGGUUAUGUUAAUUUCGGAUCGAAGUGCUGCCAGAAUCUGUCGUAGUAUGAACGUUUUGCCAGUCCCUAUCUGGUGCAUCCAAGAAGAUUACUCCUACCCCGCUAUUGACAGUCCGCAUUAUUUGAACGUAAAUACCAUCCUGCUCCAGUGUUAGCUUAGGAAUGCUUGAUUGCAGAUACGACAGAAGAUCAACCCUGUUGUAGAUCUGCUACAACGUAAAUCCACGUCUAACGAAGCAGCAGCAGAUCGCUUUUGAUGAUGGCUUUCCCAUUUGAUUGUGGACUUUGCCCGUAAUUUCUAUGCACAAAUCCCUAAUCAUCAUUAACACCUCGUUGUAGAUUUUCUGCUGUGAAAUCCACAUUCGAUUUGUCCUUGCGUAUUAGACCCAAGAUGCCUUCAACAUGCAUUCCCUGUGUAAUACUUGGGCACUUUCGAAUGCGGCAGUGUUUUUGCAAACGCGUGAUUUUGGAUUAACGAGAAUAACGCAGUUACUGUUGUUGCCGGUGGACAUAAGGCAACCUGUUGCACAUUUGCAGCUGAAAGUAAACGCAUUGAUCAUUCUCUAACAGUACUGCGCGAUUAUAUCGAGUUGUAUGUCCACAUCCCUCUCUCUCGUUUCGUGUUGCAGGCCGAAACCGACCAUAUCCCUGCCUUUAUUCACGUACUUACAAAUGAACCGAAUUAAUUUCCUAAAAUUGCGGCUUCCCACGUUUAAGUGAGCUUCGUUUGCUAUUAAAAGAAAAUGCGAAUACGAAACAACCCAGCGGUUACCGAAUGUACGUCACCGAUUUGCAUUCGUACGGUUGCCAAUUUACCGACGUCUUCUCCUGAUCGUUUUCUUCGUCGUGACUUCCUGCAUUUCCUUGUCAACGUCGGCCUCAGGUAAUUCGGCGCAUACUGCGUCGUCGAUUUCGUUGGAACCAAACUUGCUAUAGCGCCAGAUCAGGACAUGUGCAUGAGGCAGUCCCCUCUCUUGCCGUCCCACUUAAUACAUCCAGCAGCGCAUAGACCCAACUACCGCGUGUUUCAUCAUGAAGUUCAUCAAAGAUUUCAGUUUCUUCCUAAAAACACGUGCUGUGAUGUCAUACCUAUUUACCGUCGUUAGCCCAGGAGAUAAGAGCUCAUAAACCUCCCCCAAGCUGGAUUGCAAGUGAAUGUAAUGAGUAGGUCUGGACGUCCGUACGGACAAACGUAAGCAAUUGCACCUCGCGCGUACUCGAACAUCUGGCGUAGACUAUCUGUGUAUGUGGACGGCAAAAACUGGAGUCUUACAACGUUAGUUUUAUUACCGUUGUUUACAAAUGCAUCAUGCAAAGUAAUGUAUCCUUCAGAGCGCAGCUUGUUCUGAUUUAGGCGAAUGAAAGUAGGCGUCCAGUUUAGAUUUUGCGUAAUACAUAUUCAGAAGGCAGUAAUGAAGCAAUUUACGGCAUUUCAAAGGGGGAUUACUUGCAUUCUGUCGUAUAAUAAGUCGGUAGGAGUAGUGGUUCAUUGCGCUGCAUUUCAUGUGCGUUAGCCCGUCACUGACUGGAUUUAUCAUCUUAACGUUGAAAUGAUAUCCAUAGGUACCAUCCCGUUAAGUAAAUUGAUGUUGGGUUGGAAUCGGUCUCCAACUGCCAGUAUAUAUGGUAUCACCUUACCCUAAUAUCAUUAGUCUCCCAACGGUUGUUGUCGUACCGUCGCUUACAACAGCAUCAGGCUGCGUGAACGCCGAGCACGGAGUCGUGUUUAACGCUGGUCCGCUGUUCCUCGCUGGCGCCAUUCGGCCACUCCCAGUUGGCUGUGUUUAUCCUGUUGUGAACGAAGCAGGCCUGAAGCUGCGGAACUCGGUAGCCGUGACCGCAACCGGGCUUCCGCAAGCCGAGCUACACAAUACUGAGCUGACAUUUGGCGACAGCCCCAUUAUGCGGGUUGUUCGGGGGGGGGCAGGCGCUGGUGUUACCUGCAUCCAGUCCUCUCUCCCGAGAAUUCCCGAGGCAGCGGUGACGGCCCUAUUUUGUGGGCUGUGGGACAAUUUUGGUUGACGUCCAAGUGUUGCGUGUUUUUUGCCCCAGGGGUGGUUUGCUCUAGCGGCUCAUAUUGCAUCUGCCCAGAGAGGGUGGAGGGCCUGCUCAAGUGCCUGCGGGGUGUGUGAUGGGGUGGGCGUGGCUGUGGGGCGGAGCACGUGCGUUUGAGCGAAUGUCGGUCAAGUGGCCACAGUCUGGGCGCACAUGUGUCCGCGCGGAUGUGGGUCAAGUGGCCGCAGCAGGUGGCGUUAUUAUGGCGGAAAGAUCCAGUUUUUUACCCAUCACAGGCAUACCAUCGGCAUAAUUGCACAAUUGAACAGACAACAACGCGGCCCUAUGCGCUGGCUGUGUUGUAUCCAAAUUUCAUCGCAAUCGGUGCAGUACUUCCGGAGAUUACAUAUAACACAGGAAAAAAAAACCUUCUAUUUAUAUAUAUAUAUAUAAAGCUCAGGUUAUUCCAUAGUCACCACGUCUUGCUUUCCAUUGCGACAUGUGAGAGAAAAUAGUCGAAAUACCUGAAUUCUGCACUCACAAAAUCGCCAGACGGCAUUGAUGAGGUGUAAUGUCGACUUCCUCCAGACCGAAGAGGCUACUUCAUACUGCUCUUGGAGCAUGGCGCCUUUUCAGCGUCCCAAUAGUCUGUUUGAGUUAGAAGAAACAGUUUGUUCACAGACGUCGAUCGAAGGAAACCCUAAAUAAACAACGCAUGCUGGGAAUCGGCUUUCUACUCCAACGUAGUUCAGAAUUAGGCAUGCUUCAGUGAGCAUUCGCACAUCCUUCUACAAACCGCUGCCCCUUUCACGAAAGAGACUGAACAACGGACUUUAUUAGCUGGCACAGGCUUCAAAAAUGGAAGUGGGUUAAAAAAUUGGAGCUGUUGAAUAAAUCUCUUGCGUCUAUAUAGAUAGUUACAAAGUGCAGAGAGACUCGUCAGGCCACUUAUCCACAGAAAACGCCAAAGUUCGAAAAAGGUUUGCUGAAUCGUGCCGUGGGGGAUCUGAAUUUAUUUUACGGUUGCAUAAGGAGGAGUAGCCUAAUCAGGCGUCCCAUGUCCCCACUGUAGAGUAGUAAGGAUGGAGAGGAAUACGGAUGCCCUUUAAAACUAUUAAGUCCGUCAUUGUUAGUGGAGGGGAAUCUACCACUUCCGAACAUGAGUUAACGGAAGUUCCGCUGUUGGGACUGUAUCUUUCGCCUAAAACGGUUGCUUAUUAAGAGUUUUGGAGAGUGAAUGUGUCAAAAUCACUGGGUCCAACUGACAUAUCUUCAAAGUUGCCUGAAGGGAUCGCUGACAUACUAAUCAACCGCUUUCAAUGCUUUUCACAGCCCGUUUCGAAGUCGGCUGUUUACCCGUUGACUGGAAAUCUGCACGCAUUACGCCGCUAUAUAAAGACGGUCGCAAGCUCUCCACAGUCAGCUACAGACCAAUCAGCGCCACUUUGAUCUUCCUCAAAAACAUGAAAAAAUUAAACGAAUACUAGUGCGUUUAUUAAAGCAGCAUAUUCUACCAUCUGAUGGCCAGUAGCGAUUAAGGGUAGGCCGGUUUUAUGCGAAAAACCCGACCUACUGUUUAGAGUGCUGGACUCCAGCAGUUUGUUAAGGAAGGGCGGUACAUGCUGUUUGUGUCGAGUCUAAAAGACAUUCGACUGUGUGCCAAAUCAGUGAUUCUUAUGCAAACCCAGCCGUAAAUACGUUAGGCGUAGUCCCUUGAAGUGGAUCCGAAACUUUUUGAUCGGCUGCUCCCUAACGGUCCAUGUCUCUGACCAAGAUUUGGUGGAGGUUGCACUUUGGAUUGCUCUUUACGUACGCUAACGAUCGCGUCAGUGAAUUUUAUUAUCAUUUCGCCGUGGCUGCAGCCGACUUCAUGCUCUGGAGCAACAUUUGAACUGAAAUCGACGAAGAGUUUUUCAGCCAAAUCCAUACCAACUUGAGCAAUUGUCGAAUCACUGGUUCUUGUCAUUUAAUGUGAGCAUUUACACCAUUCUACAAGUCGAUGGAAUCAGAUCUCUAAACCGCAGGGUUUGUCGUUUGUAUGAAAUGCCAUUGCAAGGAGCAGACGCUCAGAUGAACUUGGGUGUUUGGAUUACUUCACUCAAACCAUCACUGAACUGUUCAAAAGAAGCUAAGUCUGCAAUAUCAGUUCUGUAUCUUCUCAAGCGGACUUUCUCUACCUCUGAUUAAGACGGCUUCGUCAGCACUUCAAACGUAUGAAAGGUUGCGGCUAAAGUUUUCUGUCGAAGCAUGGAAACAUUGGACUGCAAAUGACAUCAUCAUCCUCGAAAAGUUCAAAAACUUCAAAAAACCUGUAAUUGUCCUGGAUUCACUGCCCUGUGAAGCACGACUAUCCAUCUCUACCUUUUUCCUUUUAUUGACAGACAAAUACAAAUCAACCUGGUGCAAGCAUUGCGCAUCAUGUGCAGUCGAGACUGCUGUCUUACACCUGGAGACCCUUCGAGUUAACAUCUACAACGGACCUGCGGAUGUAUCUACUCGAAAUAUAUGUGACUGGGGGGCGGCUGGACAAACGGAGUUUCUUCUUCAAAAUGUGGUUGAAGCUUGAAAUGCUCUCCCUGUGGAUGUCGUUACGUCCACAUCUGUAGACGCUUUUAGUGGGAAGCUGGGUCAGCAUAGCAUUACGCACCACAACUCUAUGCAGCCUACGCCAUUUCGACACCUUUUUCUUUCAAUUUGUUACUAUUCCAAUACUACUGUGCAUAGUUCAGUAGCGUCUGUUUAUGUGUUGGCAAGUUGGUAGAAUACAUCUGGAUGAACGCUGCCAAGCUGAGAAUAAAUCGCACGACUUCCGUAGUUAACAGGGGGCUGCUGUACUGUGGGCACUAUCAUUGGUCUUGCUCAGCGUCUCUUCUGAAGUCAGUUUUCACAUAGGACACAAUUUGUUUUUUUUUCAGAAAUAGACAUUAACUAUUUAUGUCAUUAUGUUGUUGUCCUGAAAAAAUGUGCUGACGUCCACUUGGGACGUUCUUCCUUAGGUUAGAUAUAACGCCUGUAAAACUGGUGGAACAAUAAGUUAUCGCAGGGACUUUCGGUCAGCAUCUAGGCAAGGAGGUGAAUAGAGCCAUAAUUUACGCCCUUGUGUCUGCAUUUGUCGCCUGACUAGCUUUGAUUAGACCACAUGAGGCAGUGGCUGUUAUUGCAGAAAGGGGGUCUAUAAAGGCCCGCGACAGGGAGUACUAUAUCUGACCUUUCUGUACGCAGAGACAAGAUACUUCACGCAUCACCUUUGUCAUUGAAACUACUACUUCAUCCACUGUGCUCAAACCAAGAUGGGUGCAUGUAAAUUUUGAAUAUAUUUUCAUCAUAAAACCCUGUCGGUAAUGUUCCAGUAUGAUUGUUUAUUGAAGGGGCUAGAUGCAAAAACUUUGUCUUCAAUUCCGAUCUAACUGUGUGGAUUGAAAAAUAGAAGCAUAUAUAAUGAGCUAGAUCCUUCUUAAUGAGUCUCCGCUAUGUCGCCCUCAUGACUAUUUCUGGCGAAUGUUACAUUGUUCCACCAUACAUUGUAAGAACAAUCGAAUCAAAAUACUCGGCUUGGAUAUGUUCAAACACAGGUUCAUUAAAUUUCCACUAAGUUAGGGCAGAUUAUGCCAUCGAAGCACGCCACUAAAACAAUGUCUUUGGGCGAAAUCGUGCAAGAAAUUAUAUGUUCACUUUUAAGAGGGCAGAAGCCGCUGCCGAUGAAAAAGCAACGCUUAGAUAAAUGGCGAACAUUUACAUAUUGAUGCCGAUUUGGAAGUCCGAUUGAGGAAGCGACCGUACAAUGAACGCUGGAAAGUGAGUUUCAUGAAGCUGGAAAAAUUACCAACGUCCGGUGGAGUUUUGACAUCUCGCACAAAAUGCAUAUGAUACUCAUAUCCAUAAAUUCCGAAUUGCUAAGUUUUAAAUAAAUAACGAGCUCGGACAGAAGUUAUGAAAAAAUUUGAUGGAAAGGACUAGAUUAGUUCAAGGAGCCCGAAAUGUCAGGUGGGUUUUUCGGAGGAAGAGUAAAAUAAGUCAAUGCAUACUUCCUCCACUUCCUUAACGACAGUCGAAAUCUUUCCAAAUUCUUAUGGAGUUCGAAAAUGUCCGCCUUUUGAAUCACGUAUUGAACUAGAUUGACAAGUCUCAGCAUGUGCAUUUUCUACUCAGGUAAAUGCCAGGAUCUCAAGGCAUACCUACAACCAAUCAAGUACUAGCCUUUAAAUGAUUUGCUUGUCGGAUUGCGACUCGGAUUUCAUUGCCAUCAGGCUUCGAACCAUCAUUUUCUCCCAGGGGUGUCUACCUUAAUUGGACUGGACGUUAUACUGUUGAUUACUGAUAAAUGGUGACAAGGUGCUUGAUGUUCUUUGUGCUUAUGGAAAUACUUGAGUAGAGGCGGUCGGAAAGUUUUUUCAAAGAAUAUACAUAUAGGCUCUUUCGGAGGUGUCAAUGACCCUUGUUACUGAAACCGUUGUCCAUUGGUUCUUUUUCGUUUGUUUUUUGUUUGAUAAGCAAUGCUCUUUUCCUGUAUCCGUAAACUCAGGGCCUUCUAUGCACGACGGAUUUUUCCCCUCGCAUUACCUUCUCUAUGAUAUACUUUAGAAAUUCUUCCUAACCUCCAUAUCCUGCCUCAUCUGUAGCCCGAAAAUGCGCAGUGGGUGCUUUGAAUAGCGCCGAAAACAAGCAUCAACGACCUAAGCGAAAAUUUCGGCAAAAACCGUCAAAGGUAAUCCGUUACUCUAAUUUCUGAUAGUUGCGAUUACCUUUCUCCCGAUUUUUUCUAUGUGAGUUCACCUUCGGAUUUGAAGUAACUGUUUACAACUAUGUACCUUGCAUAGGAAUAAUAAUUGGAAAGUUUUGGACCAACCAAUGAAGCAAGUUCGCUUGCCUCAGUUGGAGAUCCUUAGGCUCUCCUGUCUGACACACAAAAGACAACAUGUGCUUCCCAUCAAAAUGUAAAAUGUGAAUAACAAACUUAUGAUCCGUACUCUGACCUUUCCUUCUAACAUGGUCCUCACUCCUCAUUCCUGUGGGUACUUACAAAAUUGUAUAAACUAGGCAUGUGUUCAAGAAAUAGAUAAGGGAGCUUCGUGCAACGUCUCAUUCACUUAUGGGGGAUUUUCGUGGGGGGAAAUAAUCGCAACACCUACGUGAGGCAUAAUCAGGGUGGAAUGUGAUUCCACGUAGAUGUCGGAACUGUUUUACCAUUUCUGUGAUAGGUGUGCCACAGUAUUGAUGUUUUUGAUUCAUUACGCAUUCCUAAUAUGGCUCAUUUUGUUUAUUAUGUGCAUGGAGACAUUCGCUUCCUGAUCCAAGUAAUUUUCACUGAAAAAUGCGCGUACUAUGCACACGUUCGAUGAUGCUUGAAGCUAUGCAACUAACCACCAAAACAUCCGACUCCCAAGUGAUUAUGGCCUCUGGACUGCUCAACGCCACUAUGCGGCACGAACCUGACAGAUUGCGUCUUUGAGUUAAGGUAGAUGAUUAAACGUGGUACCCGAUCCCGAGUGUUUGACCGUCGUGAUCGACGAUGUCCACCGUGGGCUGCAUACCACAGUGAGAGCAGGCAGGGGCGGUGACUUGCACGUUAAUUAGUCUAUAGUGGUAGUAGACUUGCACAGCGUCUACCGCACUUUCUCCUUAUCCUCCGCCUGGGCCCGGUGUCAAGACAGAGUCAAGAAGACCGGAGGCGGCAGAGGGCGCAGGUGGCUGGCACGGCGUCAACCCGCACUUUGGCGUACCAUCACAUCCUCCGGUUCACAACGUACACUGACCAGGAGGGGGAGGGGGAACGAAUCCCAAUUGCCGCGGGGUGAACCGACAAAUGGGCGUGCCACCGGCCCCCCAAUAUAGCCACUUACUACGUGUGCGCAUUCUGGAUAACGUCUGUCGGACUCUGGUCUAGUUCCCAUGUUGUUCCAAUUCAUCAAUAGCGCGGCCCAUUUUAGGGGCACAGGUAGCGGACCACUGAAUAUAAAAACCUCUAAAACCUACUUUAUUUUACUUUGGGAGAUUUUCGAGAAGCCGAGUAUGGUGGAAGUCAGGUAGAAGAUAGCAUAUAGGUCACAACCUCCUUCGUAAACAUACCAUGUUGUGUUUAUAGAGAAAACUCUUCUUCCGUUAAAUUAAUUUACACUUUUCGUUCGUUUUGGAUUACGUUGAGUUUCAGCUCGACUUCGAAAUAGGUCAGUAUAUUUUAAGGGUAAUAGGCAAUGCCUCUGAAAAUCCUAUUGUAAACGGUACAUGCAAUAUGCAACUUUAAACACACACGGUACUAAAAUGUUGUCAGUAAUACAUACACUUGACAUAAUAUGUUCAUUGAAAAUGCAGGACCGAAACUCAAACACAUUCAGUUGUAAAUGAUAUCGGUAAAAUGUUGCUGAAUACUUCAUAAUUUUCAGUAUUUUUACCCGAUCGUCCAUAAAGACAGACUAUGAAUCACCUGUCUGUUGAGAACUUCAAAAUAAGAUUAUUCUUGAAGGCAUUUACUGAAUUAGUGAAUGUUCGGGUGCCCCUUUUCACGAAGAUGGUCGUUUGGGUCACAUGUGAAGACUCAUUCAAACAUCAAACUUCAUUUUCGAGAGAAAUGGCUGUUCACAACGAAAGCCAACUACGAAUGUGCCUUCGAUCAAUAAAAUAUUUUCCUUAAUAAGUUACCUCUUUAAGAAGUGCCUUAUUACUGCACUCCGUUGGUGGAUCUCUGUGUACUUUGCAUUUCUUCACAGUGAAGCCAAGUAAAAAUUGGACCAUUUGGCCGUUUCUCUCACGUUCAUAAACAAUGCUGUUUUUUUACCGUAAACGUAAGGACAUGCACUUCUCUAUAUAUUAAGGCCAUUUCCACUGUUUUUGCUCACUUUUAGACUCUGUUCUUCUUCGGCAGAGCGCCCAUAUACUGAUAUUUUGUUGAAACUAUUGAUGUUUUGUUCGUUCUAUUUCUGAAUAAGGUAUGUACAGAAAUUAAACUCAAGUAGUGUUCCAUAUGUUCAAAACUGAAAAUGACCAUUCGGUGGUGGUCAUUUAUGUGACAUCAGGUAGAAUUUUCCAAACGGCAAAUAGUUUCAGCCCAUUCAAACGAAGGAAUCCCUAUCUGCGCUAUUACUGCACUUUAGUGCACCAAAUCGCGCCGAUCUGCCAAUUUCACUUUUAGAGACUGAUAAACCCUCCGGUUUUCUUAAAAUAACCUUUGUUUUAGCAGGUUGAUUACCACGGUUAACAUCGGACAUAAAGUUAAGUUUCGAGUUCGGUUAAAUCUGUUUAUUAAAACUCUCGCAGGUAAAUUACCAUCCUUUCAAUGAAAAAGUCGCUCGGAUGCGUAUCCGUAAUAUAGGGCAUGCAUUUGCAUAAGAACUUGCGCAAAUAUAUUCAACCGUCCAUUUUCGCUCAAGUUUUCUGAUAUUUUACUUGGUAUAAUUACGUAAACACAAUUUCUGCACAGGAAAAGGACAUUUUAUUAAAGGAUGUGGAUGAGCGAACAAAAUUCGCGACGUUAAAAACGUCCAGAAAUUAUUGUAUUAGUUUCCGUUAUCAAAUUUCAUGAGAUAGGUCACGUACUGUAGGUCACAACUUCCCUCAAAGCGACUUUCAUUGUAGUCCUUCCCGAAGGUGCGGUAACCGUCACUAACCAAAUUCGGGUCUGCGUUUACUUACUCCGUCUUGAUUUCCUACGAGUUACUAACUACCCAAUCCAAUCGGGGAGGGGAUGCUGCUUCUGUAAGGUGGCCGCCAGGUUCAGUACAUUUGGGCUCUGAGAUUUAUUGCUAAACUCAACUAGCAGUGGCCGGCAGAUAGUAAGUCCGGCGAAAUCGCCUUGUGAAAGUAACACGGUAGGUGAUAUAUCUCAUAAAAUGUUAAGUAGAAUUCUGAAAGAUGUAUUUGGUUAGAAAGGAGUACUCAGAUAGGAUUGUAAUAUUGAUUAUCCUUCGGCAUAGUCGCAGGAUAUUUCAAUCACGCCAGGAUGCCGGUUUCUAAAUGCCCUUAUUUUCCGGUCGCCUGUAAAAGUCAGUCACUAAAAUGAUUACGUAAGCAGUAUGCAUUUUGAAUCAAUUUUCGUAGUCCUUAUAAAUGCAAGCACAUUUUAUAGAAAACAUGUACAAUAAUAACCUUCCUUGUACUUUUUCGGCACUAAAUGAUGUCUUUGAUUUUUUAUUCGAAGAAGGAUAUCUUUGGGCAGUCGCCACAUUUGUGUUUGGCGUUUAUAAAAUAUAAGCUGUAUGCUUUCCACGUAAGGAUAAUCACAUAUUUCCCUAUGCCCUUAAGAAUAUAUUGUACGGUGUUCAUAAACUUUUGCAAUGCAUGUGAGCUCUUAGGUUUAUUUCCUAAGAACUAAUUGUAAACGGAUAGACCAGAGAAUAUUCUAAAAAGUGUCACAGCUACAGACUUUUUUAAAACCUAAAGAUACCCUUUCUUCAAGUAAAGAAUUUGAAGAAGACGUAUUUUUCUACCAAAUGAGUACGGGAAUAAAUAUUCAUAUGCAUCUUUUCUAGACAAUUUGUUUAAAUUUGCAAAGGGAUCGAAAAUCAAGGGAUAAAUUCGUGCCACAUAGGUAGCCAUUUGUCGCGGAGUGCGGUUUUUGCAAACGGCUGGAAAGAGGCUCAUUUGAAAGCCGGCAUUCUGGCAUUAUCGGAGUAUUCUUGGAUUAUGCUGUACGACAAUCAAUAUUGCAAUCCCAAUUAACCACAGUAAUCCCUCGCUAUAUUGCGCUUCGACUUUCACGGAUUCACUCUAUCGCAGAUUUUACAUGUAAGCAUAUCUACGUAUAUAUUUCGCGGAUUCCUGCGGAAAAUGAACCUUUUUUUAUUUCCGGUGCAUGCUACCUCGUUGGCCUGCCCAGCUGAUUCCAUAAAUGAGAGGCUGUAUCUAGGAAAAUGCUGUAUAACUGCGUGAGAAAUGCUUAUAAGAAUAU